GGACCUCAAUAAACUUCUGCAUAACAUUUGAAGCUCUCUCCCCUUGACCUUUUCCAUCAAUGACAAAAACUCAUUGAAAUCCACUUGAAAUUUUAAUACUGUGUAAGAGAUUACGGCCCCUUCCAUGCUCCAAAUAAGUCAACUCACUUGGAAAUGGUUGUGAUUAUAAUCAUACUACAAUUUUUAUUUGCGUUGAAUCGAGACUCUAAUUGCAUAUUUGAUACAUAAUGUGAUUGUACUAGACAAAGUUUUUGCUUAAUUUGAUACUGUCUAAAAAAUCAAUUUGAAGACCAAAAACCUAAAGGUUAAGACCCAAAACAACGCUAAUUCAGUCCUAAAUUUCCCUCCAAUUUUAAAAAAAUUCAGGGACGAGAGCUUUCGUGUACAAACGGCAAUCUUGAACCCUGCAAGGCUCGAAUUUCACCACUCUGCAUUCUUCUCCAUAUCUUCUCUGAUUUUCUGGUCCACUUUUGGAGUUCAAAAUCUAAGGUCGGUGACCACAGGCUGCUCCAUUGGAAGAAAUUUCACAAUGGGUUGAGUUUUUCUUUAAAGGGUUGCAUUAUUGUUCUGGAUUUUGUAUAUUUUGGGGGCUUGUUAAGAUUUUCAAGAAAGGAAAAAAACAAUAGUUUGUGGGUACAGCACUUUUGCUGAGAUUAUGAAGUAUUUGGGGGUCUUGGUUUUGUUCUUGAUUAUUGGAACAGCAGCUUUCAUGUAUCUUGGUUUUCCCAGCCAAGAAGAGAACGCCUCAUCAAAUCCUGGCAUGGUUUCUGUACGUCAUGGGAAUGUUGAGACAUUGUCCGUGAAAAGCAGGAAACUUAAGGAGAAUUACAAGACUCCACCCUCUGAUCAAGAUGAUGCGGGCAAUGCAAGUUUGGAAGAUUACCGUCCAAUUGAUCCAGUUCCAAGUUCAAAGGCUUCUGUAAGACCUGGACCUAUCCAGCAUGGCACUCCUCUGAUGCCAUAUAUCCCGUGGUCUGCUCCUCCUCCUGGGCACUCGGAGUCCAGUGCACUCCCGUAGAUUUGAAGACAAUGUUUUAACUAUAUUAUGCCAUAUGUUUAUAAUAUUGCAGUACUGGCAUAUCUAUGAAUGUAGAAUGCUUAAGAAUUUCUUAUGGUUGUAACGUUUGAAUUGAUGAACCAGUAAUUUUUUGUUUAGAACUUCUAA